GGCAAGCAGGGCAAAGCACACCUUGACAUCCAUAUCAACACCAUCGCCAUCAUCACACUGGCUCAUUGCUGAAUCUUCACCCACAUUGCUACGUCUUGGAGGCGAACACUGCUGCUUAAGCGACCAUGUUCAUCGCUAGGGACUCGCCUCCCCGCAAGCAGAGAGCCCCCUCAGCAACGCCUACCCAAAGCGAGAAGAGUCCGGUGCACCACAAGAUGGCGUCUCAGUCAGAAGCGGCUGAGGACUUCGCUUUCCCCCCUCUGGACCAAAUGGGCAGCUUCAAGAAGUCUCACAAGAGUACUUUCAGCGUCUCAGGUCCCGGAAGUCUCGUUGGGGACCGGCCUAGCAAUGUCAGCCACAAGGUCACCUCUUCCCUUCCUCGGCCUAGUCCCAACCGUGCCGGGACCCUCUAUGACACCGCGGCCACACGAGCUGCCAAGGCGGGUAUCAGUCUCAGUCUAAUAGACUCGGCAGCAUCUGCAGGCGCAUCCGAGCAUGUUCGUCCUAGGAGCUCGCUCACGCGCCUCGACCAAGCCCGACAGGAAGCAGGUGGUGAGACUCCCCGAGCAGUCAAGGAGGCCAAGAGUCGCUUUGAGAAUGGCGCGACAUCGGAGAGACGGACCAUUGAUGUCCAAUCUGUUCAGCUUGUCGUCGAUCAGCCUAAGCUUCCGACUCUCUCCUCGCCCACCAAAGCCAGGGCUGCCGCUUCUCAGCAAACUCCAAGGCAGGCUUCGCCCUCCAAAGGCCAAUCGGCUGUAGACGCCGAAUUCGAGAGGAAGCUUCUAGCAGCUAUGGAAGGAGGAGUCAAUCCCUUCUUGGACAAGCGCAAAGCCACAAUGAGAGGCGCAGCGUCGACGGCGACUCCUACUGCACCUGCACUUGCAGACGAGUGGGGAGUAAUGGCACCUGAUGCUACGCCGCGCCGAGCUGCCCACUCUUCGACAUUGCCCAGCCCUAUACGACAGACCCCACAACAGCAGAAGCCGCUAUACAAUGAAGAAGAUUCUGCUACUCCUCGAGCAGCUCGUGCCAUUCAGCGAGAGGUUGCUUCACCGUACACUGCCACGCCAGCUAAGCAAGUUUCACCCGACUCUGACAUGAUCCGCGAGCCGGAGCGCACCGUGGCCCGAGAUGAAGAACCUUUUCAGCCAUCCUCGCAAGCUACACACGGAAGCCAACAAAUGGAGGUAUCGGAACCAACACCCGUGGCGAAGUCUCCUCUCCGUAGCCCAAGCAAGCGAAUCGACUCGUUUCUGGAUACUAGCGAUGACGGACCAUCCACCAAGGAGCUUACUGCCAAACUCAACGGUCUCCAGAUUGAGUACCACUCCUUGCAGCAGAAGCUACAGGGCGCACAGGAGGAUGCUCAGGGAUGGCAGUCGGAGGCUUCGCGUCUCGAGACGGAGCUUGCCGAGGCGCAGCAGGCGAAGCUCGAGGAGGCCACUAGGGCUGCAGCGCCCAAUGGAGCCUUUGCUGAGACGACUGCUGCGACGGGAGACGAAGUACUUCGACGCAAGUACGAUGAUCUCAAGCUUGCUUAUCAGGACCUGAAAGUGGCCAAGGACGAGGCGGUCUGGAUGGCCCUCUGCAGCACUGAGACUGGACUCGACGCCCUUCGCAAGGCGCAAUUUGAGCUGAUCUGCGCCAAGCAGGAAGCAUACCACGAAGCUGCCCGGAGGGCGGAAGAUGAGCAGCAGCUGACCAGGGCUGUGAGAAUUGCCCGGAGUCGUGGACAGAAGGUGAAAAAUUUGGCCGCUGCCAAUGCCGAAUUGGAGGAGCAGCUCGAGCAGGAAGUUGAGAAGAAUGCCCGACUGCGAGAAGAGCUUGAGACGGCCAAGAAAGCAGCUCUCAGGAAGGCUCCAGUUGCAUCGACUGCCAGCCUUGGCGCUGCCAGAAGGCGAGCUAAUCCGGCCGCUUUUGCCUCGGACGCGGCCCCUUCCUCCUCGGAAAUGGACGUAGACGAGGAAGAUGGAGAUUCGUCCUUUGCCGCCCAUGCCGUCAAGACAUCCUCGCGAGUCACCGGCGCAACCAAGAGCAUCCCUACGUCUCGUGCUGCGCCUGCCAAGAGCUCCUCUUCUUCCGUCUCUUCAUCUAACGGUCUCCGAGAAAAGAUCAUCGCCAGAGCCGAGCCUCAGCCUCGCAAGCGACCGGCGUACCCUGUACUGGAAGACGACUCAGACAAGGAGUCGGAAGAAGAAGCACAAGUCUCCGAUGAGCAGGACGAAGAAGACGAACAGGCAGAGGUUGAGAAUGACAGCUUCGUCGUACUGAAGCCUUCAGCUACAGCUAGCAAAGCGGCCGCUCCUGCUGCUUCCACCAGGAAAGCUCCUGCUGCUGCUGCCGCCGCCGCCGCCGCUACGCUCAAGGCCAAGACUACGACAUCGUCCGGCAGCAGUCUUGCCAGCAAGCGCUCUUCGGUCAUCUCCUCGACGUUGACGGCCUCGACGGCCGCUUCGCGCAUCCGAGCCCAGGAGGCACGCGUAGCACAAAGUCCUCCUGCCGCUGCUCCCGUCAAGAAGUCUGCGCCCAUCAAGGCAACUCCUCUUGCCACUUCCAAGUCCUCCUCUGCCACAGCAGCUAGCAGGACAGCAGCAGCGGCCAAAGCUGCCGCGGCCGCGGCCGCAGAAGCAGAAGCACUCGACGCGACCAAGAAGAAGAAGCGUCGUCUCCUCGGUGGCGGAGGAGCCGGGGCCAAUCCUCUCCUCUUUGGAGGCACAGGCGCCGCUAAUGGACCUGCAGGCAAGAAACUCCUCGGAUCUGGAGUUGGAGCUGGCGAGGACGAAGAAGCAGAGAAUCUCCUCAACCCUACGUUGGACUUGCCCGUCACGCUGAGCCCUGUCAAGGGCUUUGGAGGCAAGCUGGGUAUGGGUACGGGGGUGGGGACGGGACGCUUUGGCCUUGGCGGUAAAGCUGGUGGUGGGAAGAGCAUGUUUGGUUGAGGUGGGAAGAGAGGAAGAGGGAGGAGAGGAGAGGAGAGCUCUGCUUCUGCCCUGCCUUGCUUGCUUGCUUGCUUGCUGUUGUGCGUUUGAUCCCGAUCCCAAUGAUAUCCAUACAGUCGCGUCAGACUUGCAGGGGUGACAGAGGUCCUGCUGCCAUUAGCCGGUGAGAUCUAUAAUACAAGUAUAUCCUCGGUGAUAGGAUUUGAUCAUCCAAAGGCCAUCUUCCUCGCUAUUCUCCUCCUCUCCUCAAUCAUCUCCUUUGUCACUGCACUUCGUCCCUUUCCACCAGCACCAGUACCAGCACCAACAAC